UUGGGAACAAAAUGAAUUUCAAAACUAACUUGGACUUUUGAUUGGCUUUUAACGCUCGUGAUAGCAAGUGAAUUUGAUAAGGAAAUAUCAGAUUAUACGAAAAAUGCUAAAUCAAUCAUGCAACUAGGCGAUCCGCGGGUUACCCGCGUCUUUGCAAACCGGGGCCGAGCGUUACGUGCAACUCAACAAUCAAAAAGCAAAACACGAAAGGGGAUAGCUACUUUUUGUUUUCUUUGUCUACUAGAGGAAUUUACAACCAGUUUAGGCCGGACACAAUGAGGAAGUUGUUUUUCUUCUUUCUUGCAACAAUAUCGGAAAGCGUCGCCCAAAAACAUUACGAUGGGUAUCAGCUGUUUGAGUUAAAUGCCAAAGACAAGGUAUCGUUAGAAGUUUUGGCUAAACUGCAAAAUGAAAAGAGUGACGUAUACGAUUUUUGGACUGAACCACGCAUCGCUAACCGCCCUAUGGACAUCAUGGUCCCUCCAGCAUUUACUGCAAAAUUUUGUCGAAUUAAUGCAAACCUCCGAUAUCGAUUAUAAAGUCAAAAUUGCUGAUGUAGAAAGCAUGAUGGAAGCAAAACGAAAAGCCAAGCCCGUUAUCCAUGGCGAAUCCGGAACUCGCUCUGGAGCUCCCCGCGUUUCGCUCAACUGGGAAUCGUAUUUUGACCUCCCUGUUAUUGAGGAAUUUCUCGCGGAAUUGGCUACUAAACAUCCCAAUUUGAUGACUACAUCGUUGGUUGGACAAAGCUACGAGGGCAACAACAUGAACUUGGUUAAGAUUUCAACGGGUGGAUCCGGCAAAAAGGCCAUUUUCAUAGAUGGAGGUUUCCAUGCAAGAGAAUGGAUUUCUCCGUCUUUCGUCACUUGGGUCAUCCGCGAACUGGUCGAAAACUACGCCGCCCACCCUCAAUACGUAGACAAUAUUGACUGGUACAUUAUGCCUGUUGUUAACCCCGAUGGGUACCGUUACACCUUCGCUGUAAAUGGGGAUCGCCUGUGGCGUAAAAAUCGCAGGCCUAUUGUUGGAAGUGACUGCAUCGGCACUGAUUUGAAUAGGAACUUUGAUUUCCAUUGGGACGAAGGAGGUAGCUCCGAUUGGCCCUGCGCUCCAAUCUACAAUGGCGGUACUGCUUUCAGCGAAAUCGAAUCAAGAGUCGUUCGCGACACUAUUUUGGGCAUUGCCAAUCAAACUGCGGUCUACCUGACGUUCCAUUCUUACGGCCAGUAUUGGCUCACCCCUUGGGCCUAUACUACGAAUUUACCCUCAAACUACGAUCAGCUUUACAAUUUGGCUGUUCGAGUUGUCGAUAAACUCACUGCCGUCAACGGAACCCAAUACACAAUCGGAUCCCCUACCAACGAUCUUUACCUUCCAUUCCGGUCUUAGUGCUGAUUGGGCAAUGGGAGUAGCCGGAAUUCCAUAUGCCUACAUUAUCGAGAUGCGAGACACUGGAAAAAACGCUUUCGAGUUGCCUCCAGAUCAAAUCAUCGCCAAUAACUUGGAGAUGUGGGAGGCCAUUAAGGUGAUUACUGAGGACGUGAUUGCUAUGGCGGUGUGAAAGUGAUGAUAAAACGCUUCACAGCAAACCUUAAUUCUAACGUUAAUUGAAAACUUGGUACCCAACCUUUCAAUCUAAAAAAGCCAUUUGGGUAAAUUGCCGAUAAAAAUAUCUGGCGGCGUUACCCAAAGAAAAAUCAUGUUUAAAAAGUAAUUUUAGGUGGGCAAAAAGAGGCAUGAAAUGGACUUCAAAAUUAACCUACUUCACUUUGGAUUGGCUUUGGGACGCGCGAUAGCAGUUCGAUUUGAUAAGGAUUAUACCCCAAGUGUUAAAUAAAUCAUGCAAGCCAACAAUCAAAAUUGAUAAUACGAUAAGAAACGCUACUUUUAGUUGUCUGUUUUUCUGCGACGACCGUUUACAAUUAUUCUAGUGCGGACACA